CGCUGGGAGAAUUGGGGUUGUGGGGGGGGCAGCUGCUGCCCUGUGGGGGGUUGUGGGGCUGAGCCCUGGCUCAUUGUCCCUCGCUGAUCCUGCCCGUCUCUGCUAUGCAGUCCCCUGGGACCGAGGGGCCCCAACUGCCUUGGCACCUCAAGUUGCCCGAGCCUGGCUCCAGGGCACAUCUGGGGGUGUCGGAGGCUGUGCGCCCUGCGCCUGGCGCUGGUGGUUUGUGUGGGGCUGUGCCCCCACCUCCCUCCGUGCCCAGCAGUGGCACCGAUUCCCUCCAGCAGCACCAUGGCCACCCCAGGAGGUCCCGGAGCAUCCUGCCCUGCAGCGGGGUCGGGGACGUCCCCACCAAGAGGGACGAGGGGGUACAAGUGCCACCACCGCCUGCCCGGGCCUUCCUCGGGCGCAGGUCUGUGCGGGGGGCUGCGUCGUACCGCGUCACACCACGCCGUGCCUCAGGGCUCUGUCCUAACACACCGUGCUGUGCCGUGCCAUGACCGGGGCUACAUUCUGCCAGUCCAGGGGCUGUCCCGUGCCGGGUGGCCGUGCUGUGCCGUGCCAGGGCCCGCACUGAGCUCCCGGUGGCACCAUGGCGCAGCAGGGGCUCGUCCCCAGGUGCCACCCAGUCCCACCACUGCACCCUCUCACCCCGCCGGGCCGAGCCGGCCGUUCCUGCCCCACCGGCAGCGCACUCGGUAAUUAGUGCGGGCAGGGCACGGAAGCACCGUUGAUAAUUGGCGGUGACUCGUUAGCGCUGGAGCGCCGCGUGCCCGGGGCGCGGCAGGACUUUCCGGCAGGGCUGGUCGGCGGGGCCGCCUGGCGUCCCGGUGCGCCGGGGCCGUGCGGGUGCCCGCUGCCGCAGCGGGGCCGGGGCUGGGCGAGGAGGGCGCGGAGGUGAGCGUCGGCAUCGCCCUCGCUUCAUGUCGCAGCACGCCGCGGCCCUGCCGCCCCCUCGAUAAAAGGCACGGCCGCGGGCCAGCGUCGGGGCGCUGCCGGCGGAGACGCCCCACGCGAGCCCGCGUCACGGGUUUGACACACGCUGUGCCCCCCGCAGGGACGGCGCCCGCGGCACCAUGAACCGGAUCACGGUGUACGAGCGCGCCAACUUCGAGGGGCUGAGCCGGGAGUUCACCUGCGACGUGCCCGACCUGCACGAGCUGGACUUCGGGAACUGCAUCGCCUCCCUGAAGGUGGUGGGGCAGCCCUGGAUCGCUUACACGGAGCCCAAGUACGAGGGGGAGCCGCACGCCUUCGAGGAGGGCGAGUACCCCUCGGUGGGGCGGCCCAACAGCUUCUCGGCGCUGCGCCUGGUGCACGACGACCUGGGGGACCCCCAGAUCACCCUCUACGAGCGCCCCAACUUCCAGGGGGCCUGCAAGGUGGUGACGGAGGAGACCAACCUGGCCUACGGCUACUUCAACGACCGCGUGGCCUCCCACGUGGUGCAGCGGGGGGUCUGGCUGCUCUACCAGCACCCCGGCCGCGGGGGCUGGCACUGCCUGGCCUGGCCCGGCGAGCGCCUCGCCGACUACAAGCCCGAGCUGAACUUCCAGGCGAGGCUCUCCCACCUGCGCCCGCUGCGGCCCGGGCGGCCUCUGGUCUCGGCGCGCCUCCUGUGGGAGCAGAAGCGGGUGGAGGCCGAGCGGGAGGUGCUGGUGGACGAGAUUGUGGGGGUGAACGAGACGGCGGCGGAGCAGGCGCUGGCGGCCGGCAGCACGCGGGAGUACAGCACCACGCUCUGGCAGAGCUUCCACUUCAGCAACGCCACCAGCCUGAAGGCCGGGCUCUCCUUCACGCUGGCCGUGGAGGCCUCCAACGUCUUCACGGUGCAGAAGGGGCGCAGCGAGUCCAGCACGCGGCGGGAGCGGGUGGAGGUGCAGCUGCCGGCCAAGAUCCCCCCGCGCACGGCGCUGAGCAUCCGCGUGCUGCGCAAGGAGGUGACGCUGUCCGUGCCCGUGCUGCUCACCGUCACCCAGAACGAGGCGGUGCGCACCGAGCUGGGCGAGUACCGCAGCGUCUCGGGCACCAACAUCAGCGCCCACUUCAGCAUGAAGCCUCUGCCGGCCGCCGGCACGGAGCCGGGGGGCGCAGCGGGGACGGAGCAGGUGCCCGGCGGGUGCUGAGCCCGUGCUGCCGCCCCGCGUGCCCUGCUCACGGUGUGGGGUUGUGGGGCGCGUGCCCGUGGGGACACCUUGGUGGGUGGCUCCGGUGGGCAGGACCCGGUGCUGCAGCUGGCCCCACGGUGCCCAGGGAGCCCCAACAUGUGGGCAGUGACAAUAAAUCCCGUCCUGAAGUGC